CUUUCUUUCAGCAACUAAUACAACCCCAGCGACCAUGGAAGCCCUCAAACUACAAAGAAAGUAUCCAGAAGUAACCCGCGAUGAGAUGUUUGACCUCAUCAACAGGUUCAACGCAUUGGAUACGGACACUCCAGGAAGAGUAGACCAAGCGACAAUUCUCAAGUCUUUACAGUCGAGUGGAGAAUCCUAUGAUGUUGCGCGAGAGACCUUGAAGCGUGUCCAUCUUGACUCUAGUGGAAAGGUCGAAUUGGAGGAAUGGGUCGAGCUCAACGUUAAGCUAAAGACUGAAAGGAAGAAUGUUGGUAUCAUCAAGAAAGCCGGAAAGGUCAUGGUCCAGGGCUCCACCGCCAAUGUCAGCCAUACCAUCAACGAGGACGAGAAAGCCGAAUUCACAAACCACAUCAACACAAUUAUCGAGCACGACCCCGAUGUGUCCUCGCGAUACCCAAUCCCCACAGACACCAUGCAGAUCUUCGAGGAAGUCAAAGACGGUCUGAUCCUCUGUAAACUCAUCAACGACUCUGUUCCCGACACCAUCGAUACCCGUGUACUCAACAGACCCACCGCUAAGAAACCCCUCAACGCCUUCCAAAUCACCGAGAACAACAACAUCGUUAUCACCUCUGCAAAGGGUAUCGGUUGUUCCGUGGUCAAUAUCGGAGCGGCGGAUAUCGCGGAAGGUCGCGAGCAUCUCAUUCUCGGUCUGAUCUGGCAAAUCAUUCGAAGAGGUUUGCUCGCCCAUGUCGACCUCAAGCAUCACCCUGAGCUGUACCGCCUGUGCGAGGAGGACGAGACGGUUGAGGAUCUGUUGAAGUUGACCCCUGACCAGAUCUUGCUCAGGUGGUUCAAUUACCACCUGAAAGCCGCCGGCCAUAAGCGAAGGGUGAACAACUUUAGUCGAGAUGUUUCCGAUGGCGAGAACUACACCGUCUUGCUUAACCAGCUCAAGCCCGACCAGUGCUCUCUCGCGCCUCUCCAGACCCAGGAUGUCCGCACUCGUGCUGAGCAAGUUCUGCAGAACGCGGAGAAGAUUGGAUGCCGCAAGUACCUUACCCCAUCGUCCCUCGUUUCCGGCAAUCCUCGUCUCAACCUUGCCUUCGUUGCCAACCUCUUCAACACUCACCCCGGUCUCGAGCCCCUCAACGAAGAAGAGAAGAAGGAUUACGGUGCGGUUGAGGACUUUGAUGCUGAAGGCGAGCGUGAAGCUCGUGUGUUCACCCUCUGGCUGAACUCUCUCGGCGUCGAACCCGCCGUGUACAACCUGUUCGAGAAUCUCAAGGAUGGCCUCAUCAUUCUCCAAGCCUUCGACAAGGUCCUCCCUGGCAGCGUUGUCUGGAGACGCGUUUCGAAGCCCAAGGGUGGUGCCAGUGUUACUUCUCCAGUUGUUGCGACGUCAGGUGAAGGCGACGAGGAAGAGCCCGAUUACAACAUCACGCCCAACUCGAGCCAGCUCUCGAGAUUCAAGUGCGUGGAGAACACCAACUAUGCUGUCGACCUCGGCAAGCAGAGCGGUAUGCACCUCGUUGGCAUUCAGGGAGCGGAUAUCGUCGAUGGCCGUAAGACGCUUGUGUUGGGUCUCGUGUGGCAGUUGAUGCGAUUGAACAUCGUCAAGACCCUUUCAUCCCUCUCCAAGACUAGCGGCGGACGACCGAUCAGCGAUACCGAGAUGGUCAAGUGGGCCAACACCACUGCCCAGCGCGGCAACCCUGGCGUCCGCCCCAUCCGUUCAUUCAAAGACCCGGCACUCACCACUGCCUUGUUCAUCCUGGAUCUUUUGGACGCCAUCCGACCAGGCAUUGUCGAUCCCAGCUUGGUCAUCCCUGUGGACGAGAACGGACCUUACGAAGACCGUAGGCAGAACGCCAAACUUGCGAUCUCCAUUGCUAGGAAGAUGGGCGCCCUGAUCUUCAUUGUGCCGGAAGACAUCGUUGACAUUCGUCCCCGACUUAUCCUGACGUUUAUCGGAAGUUUGAUGAGCAUCGCCCAGGAGUCGUCAUAGUCGUUCUCCGUGGAAAGACAGGAAGGAUGUCUGCCAGAAGUGCUUUCAAUAAUGGUGUAGGAUGUACCAGUGAGAAAUUAGGGUGCUUUAGUUUUUGCUUCUUUCCAAGGACUCUUUCUAGCCUAUUGUUAUUAUACAUAGGAUCUUCGAUAGUGGAAUCAUUCAAAAAGAAUGUAACUGG